AGGAAGUGGAGGAAUUGAGUUGACAAAUCCCACAGCUUUCGUGGAGACGGAAUUUUGCCCAGACUUCCAGAUCCAUGAGACCCAAAUUUCUGGUCCGUAAAUGCUUGGACACAGUCACUAGAAUAUAAACACUACGACCAUCCCUUCCCAGGCCUUCGCGUGACUCUUGGACACUCCCUCCCUAGAAGUUCCAGUCUAGGCGAUGUCUGCUCUAGCACGAUUGUCACAGCUGCUGUCCAGCGAUGGUGCCGACAAAACGCACCUCGCUGGGCGGUCGAUGGCGCAAGCAAUCGAGGGCAGCGACAAAAUUGGGUUCAUUGCCAUGGGAGUGAUUGCUCUCUGUUCAUUCGUUGCGGCCUUCGGCCUUUUGUCUUUCCUUACCUACCGUUUCAUUUUCUGGCGUCGAUACUACAAACGGCCUCUGGCGGAGAACCAAUACGUUCUCCUCAUUUACAACCUUCUCAUAGUCGACAUCCAGCAAGCGAUAGCGUUCUUAUUAUGCCUUCACUGGAUUUCGAAGGGCCAUGUCUAUUAUCCGAGUGUACCCUGCGUCCUUCAAGGAUGGUGGAUUCAGACCGGCGACCCAGGGAGUGGUUUAUUCGUGCUGGCCAUUGCACUCCACACAGGUGCCGUCGUCCUCAGAGGGCAUCAACUGCCGUAUCCGAUAUUUGUAGCCUGCAUCAUUGGGUUGUGGGCGUUUAUCAUCGUGUUGGGCUUGAUUCCUGUUGGCAUGUUUGGUGCCGAAACCUUUGUGAUCUCCGAGGCCGGCUGGUGCUGGAUUGGCCCGGAUCAUGAGACUGAACGACUUUGGGUGCAUUAUCUGUGGAUUUUCCUUUCGGAAUUCGGAACCAUCAUCCUGUACGGUGUCAUGUUUUUCUAUUUACGAACCCGGAUGAAGCAGGCAGCCACGCUCCGACAAGGUCAACAGGAGAACCUGAAGCGACUGAACCGGGUCGUUGUUUACAUGGUCAUCUAUCCGCUCGUCUACCUUGUGCUGUCUCUUCCCUUGGCCGCCGGACGCAUGUCGACGGCCCGGCAUAUCAUCCCCAGUCGCGCAUAUUUUGCAGUGGCCGGAUCACUUAUGGCGCUGUCGGGGCUGGUGGAUGUACUCGUGUACACGCUUACUCGCCGACACUUGCUGCUCGAGACGGAACUCACAACCACGGAUCGGCUGUACGCGUACACGGAGUCGAACGCAUACCAAACACAUAUCACCACGGGCAGGGACGGCAAGAACGUACGCAACAACAAGAAGUCCAAGUUCCGGCGAGGCAUGCAAAGCAUGAACGACACGGUCAACGACAACCGUGACUCAUCUACCGACGACAUUGUGCGCAAGACCGACAUGGAGCUGGCGGACCUUGGUCAUGGAGUGUACCAGGAGACGACGAUCGAGAUUUCGCACGAGCCAGCCGACCCGGAAGAAUUCCAGAAGAGGGGUCGCCACAGCGGGUGAUGCGGGUGGAGAGACAGGCUGGCCGCGCAAAUCA